UGGGGUAUGGACGGUCAGACAGCUACCGCGUGGCCACCACGCAGGACAAGGAUGAAAAGGAGUCGCCCAAGAAGAAGGGAGGCAAGGACUUGGAUGACCUCAAGAAGGAAGUUCCCAUAAUGGAACACAAAAUGUCUGUGGAGGAGGUUUGCCUAAAAUUCAACACUGAUAUCGUCCAGGGUUUGACCAAUGCCAAGGCGGCAGAGUACCUGGCCAGAGAUGGCCCCAACGCCCUGACUCCACCCCCCACCACUCCAGAGUGGGUGAAGUUCUGUCGCCAGCUGUUUGGUGGCUUCUCCGUCCUGCUGUGGAUCGGUGCCAUCCUCUGUUUCCUGGCCUACGCCAUCCAGGCUGCCACAGAGGAUGAGCCUGCUGGGGAUAACUUGUAUCUGGGUAUCGUGCUGUCAGCUGUCGUCAUCAUCACCGGCUGUUUCUCCUACUUUCAAGAAGCUAAGAGCUCCAAGAUCAUGGAGUCCUUUAAGAACAUGGUUCCUCAGCAAGCCCUUGUGAUCCGUGAGGGAGAGAAGAUGCAGAUCAAUGCUGAACAGGUGGUGGCAGGAGACCUGGUGGAAGUGAAAGGAGGAGACAGGAUCCCCGCUGACCUCCGCGUCAUCUCGUCCCAUGGCUGCAAGGUGGAUAAUUCAUCCCUGACUGGUGAAUCAGAGCCCCAGACCAGGUCACCUGACUGUACCCAUGACAACCCCCUGGAAACCCGUAACAUUGCCUUCUUCUCCACCAACUGUGUUGAGGGAACAGCUCGCGGUCUCGUCGUGUGCACCGGCGAUCGUACAGUGAUGGGCCGCAUCGCCACCCUCACUUCAGGCCUGGAGACUGGAAAGACACCAAUUGCCAAGGAGAUUGAGCACUUCAUCCAAAUCAUCACGGGUGUGGCCGUUUUCCUUGGGGUGUCCUUCUUCAUCCUGUCUAUCGUCCUGGGAUACUCCUGGCUGGAGGCCGUUAUCUUCCUCAUCGGUAUCAUUGUCGCAAAUGUGCCUGAGGGACUGCUGGCCACAGUCACUGUGUGUCUGACGCUGACCGCUAAGCGAAUGGCUCGUAAGAACUGCUUGGUUAAGAACUUGGAGGCCGUGGAGACACUGGGCUCCACCUCCACCAUCUGCUCUGACAAGACGGGCACCCUCACCCAGAACAGGAUGACCGUGGCCCACAUGUGGUUCGACAACCAGAUCCACGAGGCCGACACCACUGAGGACCAGUCUGGCUCCUCCUUUGACAAGAGCUCCUCUACAUGGGCGGAUUUGGCCCGCAUUGCUGCCCUGUGCAACCGUGCUUCGUUCAAGGCCGGUCAGGAUACUCUACCCAUCCUGAAGCGUGACGUGGCCGGAGACGCCUCAGAGUCAGCCCUGCUGAAGUGUAUCGAGCUGUCCUGUGGCUCAGUCAAGAGCAUGAGGGAAAAGAACAAGAAAGUCGCAGAGAUACCCUUCAACUCUACAAACAAAUACCAGCUCUCCAUUCACGAACAUGAGGAUGAAAAUGACAACCGAUACCUGCUGGUCAUGAAGGGAGCUCCGGAGAGGAUCCUCGACCGCUGCUCCACCAUCAUGAUGCAGGGCAAGGAGCAGCCCAUGGACGAAGAGUUGAAGGAGGCUUUCCAGAAUGCCUAUCUGGAACUGGGAGGACUGGGAGAGAGAGUACUGGGUUUCUGCCACGUGUUCAUGCCAGAAGACAAAUACCCCAAAGGUUUUGCCUUUGACACAGAUGACGUCAACUUCCAGACAGACAACCUUUGCUUUGUGGGCCUCAUGUCCAUGAUCGACCCUCCUCGUGCUGCCGUACCCGACGCCGUGGGCAAAUGCCGCUCCGCUGGCAUCAAGGUUAUCAUGGUAACCGGUGAUCACCCAAUCACAGCCAAAGCCAUUGCUAAGGGUGUUGGUAUUAUCUCUGAGGGCAAUGAGACAGUUGAAGACAUCGCUGCACGCCUCAACAUCCCCGUCAGCCAGGUCAACCCCAGGGAUGCCAAGGCCUGUGUAAUCCAUGGUACAGAUCUGAAAGACCUCUCUCAGGACCAGAUGGACGAUAUUUUGAGGAACCACACAGAGAUCGUCUUCGCCAGAACUUCCCCACAGCAGAAACUCAUCAUUGUAGAAGGCUGCCAAAGACUGGGUGCCAUCGUGGCUGUGACAGGUGACGGUGUGAAUGACUCUCCGGCCCUGAAGAAGGCUGACAUUGGUGUUGCCAUGGGAAUCUCUGGUUCAGACGUAUCCAAACAAGCUGCUGACAUGAUCCUGCUGGACGACAACUUUGCCUCCAUCGUCACCGGAGUAGAGGAAGGCCGCCUGAUCUUUGAUAACCUGAAGAAGUCCAUCGCCUACACUCUUACCAGCAACAUACCAGAGAUCACCCCCUUCUUGUUCUUCAUCCUGGUCAAUAUCCCACUGCCUCUGGGCACCAUCACCAUUCUCUGCAUCGACCUGGGAACUGACAUGGUACCAGCCAUCUCUCUUGCCUAUGAGGCAGCAGAGAGCGACAUUAUGAAGCGCCAGCCCAGGAACCCACAGAGGGACAAAUUGGUCAAUGAGAGACUGAUCAGUAUUGCCUAUGGACAGAUUGGUAUGAUCCAAGCUCUUGGUGGGUUCUUUGCCUAUUUUGUCAUCAUGGCUGAAAAUGGCUUUCAUCCAUCUGUGCUCGUCGGCAUCCGGCUCAACUGGGACGAUCGCUCCAACAACGACCUGGAAGACAGCUACGGCCAGCAAUGGACCUACGAGCAGCGCAAGAUUGUAGAGUUCACUUGCCACACAGCCUUCUUUGUCAGUAUUGUGGUGGUGCAGUGGGCAGAUGUCAUCAUCUGUAAGACCAGACGUAACUCUGUGUUCCAGCAGGGCAUGAAGAACAAGAUUUUGAUCUUUGGCCUGUUUGAGGAAACAGCUCUUGCUGCUUUACUGUCCUACUGCCCUGGUAUGGACGUGGCACUACGGAUGUACCCACUGAAGCCCAGUUGGUGGUUCUGUGCGUUCCCGUACAGUUUCCUCAUCUUUGUUUACGAUGAGAUCCGAAAACUCAUCCUUCGCAGAAACCCCGGAGGCUGGGUGGAAAAAGAGACAUACUAUUAAAAAAAUUAUCAAAACAUCAUUUACUUCUCAUCCUGCCUUUCCCCCCUUGAACUCAUCCCUUCU